GACGCGAAGAUGAAACUAUCAACCAUUCCACUGAUUACUCUCGUGGCCGUAGUUCUGGUGCAGAUGAACUGCAUCCAUGUCCAUGGCCAAAGCCAUGCCUUUGAUCUGACCAAGCUUCUGCCCAAGAGCGGAACGGAGCCCAUCUGGACGGUGGUAGAUCGCAACUUGCCACAGGUCCAAGAAAUGAUCAACACGGCACGGAGCGAAUGCGUCAAAAAGCUGGACCUGCCCAAAAAUCAGCGCCCUCUGAUGAAGGUGGCCAAUCCCACAGAGAAGGAGAAGUGCCUAGCGGAGUGCGUGCUCAAGAAGAUCAAACUAAUGGACGACAACAACAAGCUGAACCUGAGCCAGGUGGAGAAGCUGACCAGUCUGGUGACCCAGGACAACAAGAUGGCCAUCGCCCUCAGCUGCAGCAUGGCCCAGUCCUGCAACCGGGGCACCUCCUCCAAGAACCCCUGCGAGGCAGCCCACUUCUUCAACCAGUGCAUCGGUCGCCAGAUGGAGCGGAGCAACGUGAAACUAAUCUGGUAAAAAGUAAUCCUUCACGCGUGGGAGUUCCUGAAACAAAGAACCAUUUACAUAGAAGGUUGAACUAUACCUACUCCAAGUAUUUGUUGAUUCCAACAAUGUUAUAAUGUGCAUCUCAUCAUGCGAUGGCUCUGGCCGUGCUCAAAACUAUUAAUAAUGAAUCUUUUUUAAUUGCGGUAUAAGCAUACGUUUAUAUACCAGUCAAUUAUUAUUUGUUGGAUUAAAAUUUUUAAAUUUGCGACGUCCAAUUUGUAGUUUUGGCCAUUUGUACGGAUGUUAGGCCAGUAUAUAAUUUAUGUGACCAUUACAAGUGUUCAUUUGUCGCUUAAAAUUAUUUUAAUGGCCCGCCUCCAGAUAAUAUGCGUAAUAAAAUUAAUGUACUUUUUUA